UUUCACCAUCCAGAUCCCAAACCCCGCGUGCUUCAAACGUCACAGUACCCAGGGCCUUUCGAAGCAACUCUGGUAUUUCACUUAUGACUUAAAUAUUUCUGCGUAUGAGACACUCGGUGUCGAAGCUCGGGGCCAGGUGGGGAGCCCGAGCAGAAUUUCCUUACUUUUGCGGUUUGUCAGCCGCUAACAAACAGCCUUUGUUUGAGGUUUCGUGCUGUCGGCUUCAAAGCUUUCUGCGAUGCCUCUUGCAUGUGCUUCAUGGAGAGCUAGGGGUGCUCUCGGCAUUUUCCAGGGCCAGGACAAAAUGCCUCCUGCAGAAGGGUGGCUUCUCACCCGCUGCUUGUCAGCGCCAGCGGCUGCCGCCGAUUUUGCUGCCUUCUGCUGAAGAAAAGGGCCGCACACCUCAAAUUGCAUCUUCUCCUUUUGAAAGCGAUUUGGUUUUAAGAGAGGAGAAACCAGCCCGAGUUCAUUGCUUCCUUCUUUUGUUUUAAUGCCAAGCCCUCUGAAUUAGCUUGCUACGUUUUAAUUGCUAGGGGCUAGGUUUGGAAAGAGAAGGAAAAGCCACGUGGGGAAAUACAAAGAAAUAAUGAAAAAGCCAGCCCAGAAUGACUUCGGGGUUUUCUCUUCCCGAGGGCGCUACAAGGCAGCCCCGUGCGGUGCAGGGGGCCUGACGCACACCUGAUUUUGGGGCUGGGCACGGAAGAAGCCUCCGCUCCUCGCCAGACGUCACCAGUGGCAUCUGCGCGCAGCCGGGGGACAGCCAGCCACACCGCCACCGUCACAUCCAUCCCACCAGGAGAGCGGGAUCCAGAGGGUCCUCCCGGAGCGUGGGGUCCCCCAGGAUCCCCCAGCCGCUGGGGACGUUGGGCAUCGCCACCAUGGUGCGGCUGUGGCUCUGGCUUUGGCUCUGCCUGCAGCUCCCAGGUUUCUGUGCCAAUCUACGUUUGUCCCAGACUCCAGACCGUAUUUUAGCCCAAACUAACAACAGCACGGACAUCCUCUGCCAGACGAAGAAGGAGCACACCGGGGUGUACUGGUACCGCUGGAACCAGGGGCGGCAGCAAUUCGAGUUCCUGCUGUUCUCCAACUCGCUGGGCAAAAGCACCUACGGCGUCAACGUCAGCCAGGAGAAGUUCAGCGUCCGCGGGACGAGCUCCCAGUCCUACAGCCUGCACAUCGGCCGGCUGCACGCCUCGGACGCGGGCAUGUACUACUGCUCCAUCUCCCAGUCCUCCGAGCUCAUCCUGGGCAGCGGCACCAGGCUUGGCGUGGUUGAUGUUUUGCCUCUGCCUUCCACGUCCACGCUGGCCCCGCUCACCAGGAGACCCUCACGAUGCAAACCCAAAAGCAAAGCCGCGGGCAGCAAAGGUGCCUGCAGCCCCCUGGUCUGGGUCCCGCUGGCCGCCGGCGCUCUGAUCCUCCUGCUGAGCGUGGUGCCCACCGCCCGCCACUUCUACCGGCUGCGGCGGAGGCUGUGGCGUCGCAUCCACAGGCAGUAAAUCCUGCUGGGAAAAGGUACGGAGCAGCCCCUGCCCCGUGCUGAGCCCUGCCUGGAUGUGACCUGGCAAGGAUGUUCAAGAGAGGACUUGUGGUGGGACUUACUUGUACAGUUCCGUCCUGCAAUGGACCACGAUUUUAAGCUUUUUCCCUGACGCAGCAGCUGAUAAUUAGACUGGGCCAGAUCCUGCAACGUGCUGAGCCUGUCUCAAGGAGCCUUACAGGAGCAGGGCGAGCCCCUGCACCAGGGCUGGGGCACCAAAGGGACGCAGCCAGGCUCGAAAGAUGCUCUGGGAGCACCUGGGCUCUCUGUGCUCCCCCACGGGACGGCAGCUCGGUGCUUUGGGCUUCCUCCUGCUAGUGCUGGUUGAUGACUUUGGUAAGGAAAACGUCAGGAGCAGCCAGCGGGGGAAGGUUACGGCGCACCUCGUAAAGGUGUUAGCAGCUGGUAGAAGUGGUAAAUGCACUGCUCAGCUGCACAGGCUGCUGUCUCCUGGCCCCGCGUUGAGCAGGAUGGGGUCAGCAAGGGGCUGUGGGCACGGCAAGGAGUCGCCGACUGCGCCUGGGAGCACGCAAGGGUUAAAGCACGCACCGAGCCCCCGGGGGAACAGGGCCGGGGGGCUCGGCUCCCACUGGAGCCUGCAAACAGGCAGGAGGGGGAGAGGAAGGCAGACACAGCCACGUCCCAAGGCCGAGCACCUGGCAAAACAGCCGCUGAUAACAAGCGGAGGAGCCCAACAGCACGGCCAGGGACGAUCCUGCCCUGGCUGCGGGGAUGCUGAGCCCCUGGGGCACCCGGGGGUGCUGAGCACAUGGCUCUGCCAUGCUCACCGCAGCUCACUGCUUAGGAAAAGCCCUUUUUUCUUCAUUUCCAGGAGAAAAAUCAGCCUGCAGUGGCAGCGCCACAUCCGUGGGGCACAGUGGCUGCGGUGGCUGGGGUACAGCAGCGUCCGUGCCGCCGAUGCGCCGGGCACAUACGUGGCACUGGCUGUGCGCUUGGUGUGCUGAGCAGGUGAUUUUUACAACACGCAAUUCUUGUGCAAUAGCUACAAGGAAACCCCUUUGAAGCUGUCCAUGUGCAAAGGUUGAUUCCGGCAAAAAUAAAUGUUUUGGAUCGGUGUUUGCCUCUCGGCUCCCUGCUCACGGGUGAGUAACGGUAACAGGCAGUGAGGAAUUUGCUUAAUUUCUGAGUGCCCCAGUUUGGUUUUGCUGCUCCAUUACAGCUGGUAAAAAUAAAUAAAUAAAUAAAAUAAAAUAAAAUAAAAUAUAAACACCCUAAGCUGCACCUCAGCUGCGUGCAAUGAGGACAGAGAGGACAGCAGCAGCCGAGGUUGCACCUCCUUUCGAAAGGCAGCUUUGCGUACUUUAUCAAUGGAAACUAUGAAAAAAAAGAUAAUCUGGUGAUGCCUCUGAUCACCAAUAGAGUAUUUUCAGGCAGCAAACCUGCGUCGCGCUCAGAGAUCUGAGCAGCAGGUUUCACAAAUGCAAGAGCCGGUGGAAAAAUCGCCCCCCUCUCACAGAUUUUUUUUUUCCAGAGCACACGCACGAAAGCAAUAGAAACACUAAUGAAAAGAGGCUUUCACAUCUGAGAAAAUGAGCCCCCGACAUUUGCAGCUUUUUUUUUUUUUUUCCUUUCCUACCCUCCUCGCUGUGGAAAGCACAACGACAAGAGCAGCCAAAGCUCAGGGCGCUGCGAGGCGAGCAGGGACGGGGGCACUUCGGUGGUGAAACCCCGUGGAAAAACGCUGCGGGGCCAUCGCUGAUGGCAGCGAGCCCGAGCCUGCUGCAAAGCCAAGUCCGUGGAGGGAGGAGGAAGAGACACGGAGAUGGUAUCAGAGUGCGUAUGGUACCCCAGUGUGAUGUCCUCCCUAAUUUCUUCCUCCUUCUGUAUUUCCUCCCAAGGAGACACGAGCCUUCUGCUCCCUCCUCCUGCCAGGAGAAGGGAAAAAUGAUGGGAUUUAACACCGAGAGCCCCAAGCCCUCGAUCAGCGGCUAAACGAUGUCACACAAAUGACACCAGGAGACAGGGCACAAGGUCUGACAAAGACAAAGUGCCUUCAAACAGGACAAGGAGAAUACAAAGAGUUCCCUACCUUGAGCCCACACCCAUCAAUCAGUGGGCAAGGAAUUGUAAAAGAGGUCAGAAACAACACAUUGCAAUGAUCCGUCACGUACUGAAUAUGUUUUUAUUCCUUGUUAUACUAGAAAAAAAGACUAGAGUUGUUAUUUGAAUAAAUAGCGCAUGCAUAUCCUGCAGUCUUAAAUAGUCAGAGCAGAAACACAGGUUAGGCAUUGCAGGGAAUAUUGUUAUUGCUUCUGUAAAACUUUCGUCGAUUAAUUAAAAAUAUGUUGUUGAUCUUUCCAGAAUAUCUCAGCCACUAAUCGAAUAUUGGCAGCGCUGGGUUUGUCGUUCUUAUUUUGAGGAGCCCUGCCAUUUCUCAGCCCGUUCUCACUCAGAAUGGCUCGGUGCGGGGUCGCUGGCGAUUGCACAUCUCCUCACUGCGGGGAAAACAGGUGCACAGCAGGACUUCUGAGCAUCCAGAGCCAUUUAAUGUCCACUGUUUGUGUAGUUAUACAUGUAUGAUUUUACAUAUGUUGACAGUUAAAUAAGUUUUGACAGACACCUCUAGAAAAACCAGGAGAAAAAUCUGGCUGUGACGGUGAACUCAGGAAUGAGAAGGACCAGGAGCAGCGCUGCAGAAUGGCGCAGGACACCUGAGAAAUGCGUUUUUGGGAAAACGCUGGUGUCUGGCCAGGCUGCCAAGGCUGCAGCUCUCUGCCUCCUUAUCUCAGCUGCCUCCUUAAUGCAAACACAGAGCCCAGGGGAGAGCUGCUCUCAGGAGCAGAGACGGGGGUGCUGGGUCACGGUCCCUCCUCCUCUGCCGUUCUCUUUCCCGUUCUUCUGUAGCUGGUCUGCACUGUCGGCACUCCAGCACUCCCAAAACGAGCAAAUCCCAAGUGCCGUCGCUGCAGACAGAAAUGGCAUAGCUGCAGGAACACAAAACCUGCAAAAUUUAUUGCCUGAGUACUUGUGGCCUGUAUUUUCCUGGACCUUACAACGUUUCCUUUCACGAAUGCUGAGGUCGCACAGAAGCUGCAGAUAUUACUGAGUGCAUGCAACACAGAGAUGUUGAUACAUACAGACAUUUGGUAUCUCAGCGGUCAUUUAAGUGGAGUACAUAUCAGAUUUAGUCAAAAAUGAGUGUAUAAAAUAUGCAUUUUGCAUAUUUUGCAUACGCCCUGCCAACGGGAGAGAUUACUUACCUUUGCGUAACACACAUUUGUCCCAGGGGUUCUUCCACAUGCAACAAAACUCUCCCCAUGCUGUAAAUAUUUGCAGCAGGACAGGAAAACUGCCCUCCUGCCACGGGCCGGUGCUCACCACCGCGACAUGUCCGACACGAAGUGCUGGGGACCCUUGGAGCAUCCUCAGAGAAGCCGGGGGCUCUUCUGCACCAUCUUCUGCAUCCUCAUCCCAAGGCAGAGACCCCCCGCAGGUCCCACCGUAUCUGAUGUCUCUCCAAGUACCACCGACGGAGCAGACGCUGGGGUGGGGGGGUCCUGUCCCCUCGCUCAGCCCUGCAGGUCCCAGGGGGAGCCAGCACCCAUCCUCGGCAGAGCUCAAGGUGCAACCUCCGUCUGCCACAAGCAUGAGGUCACCUCGCUGGCUGAGGUCUCAGGGAAAGAUGCUGGGCUGGGCUUGCACCCAGCAAAAAGGCUUUAAAAUACCAUGCCUUAACAUCAGCACCGAAUGCAGAAUUCAAGUUGGGACAUUUCCUAGCGGUCUCUCCAAAAAAAAAAAAAUAAGGCAAAAUAUUCCUGGGGUCUGGGAUUGCGUAUUCCUGCCCUGAGCAAUAAGCAGCGAGCAGAUGACCGUGCUGUUAUUAAAACAUGUCUCGAGUCACCUUGAUGCGAGAGGAAAUGAGUCUGAGCAGCAGUGGAAAAGCCAUUUCUGCAACACACACCCUCCCUCAGGUCGGUCUGCUGUCGUCUGACUCACCCACCGCUACCAUACCCAGGACAACUUGAGUAUAAUUUAGACGUGUCUCUCUUCAGGAACACACUCACUCAAUUUCCCGAGCCCGCAGGGCUGAAGGCUGAUGCCCUGCAGGGCAGGAGCCAGGGGCCACGUGAGGCUCCAGCACCCCCAGCAUGUUCUCUGCCACCUUACCCAGCUGGAGACACGGGUUGGAAAGCCACAGGCAGUGCAUGCUCAUCCCCUAUAUACCGAAUGUAUACACACCCAGAAGACGGUUUCUUCCUCUAUGCAACGGUAACCACAUGAAAGAGUUGGACCCUGCCCUGCUCCUUCACUGUCAGGGGUUCAGAGAUGCCGGGAGAGGGAUGCGGCGCUGCCGGGUUCCUUCCCGGGGAUACACGUCCUUGUGCCAGGCCAACAGCUCAGGAAGAUUUAACUGUGCUGCUCUACAGAAUGAGAUAGUUGGAAAAAUAGCAGUGGUUCCGAGGAAAUAGACGUGGAGCUUUGUAGCAAACGGCUUCCUUAAAAUUACACGCUUUAAUGAGGUCUCGUAUUUCAGAGCAUAAAAAUGACUGGUUUGGGGUAGAGCAAAGGUACAAAGGUAGCAAAGGUAGCAAAGACUGAUGUGCCUCCAAGCAGACAGCUCAUGAACACUGACAGGACUGUUGUACAUGAUACAUCCCCCGAGUGUUCUGCCUAUUUUUAACUAAAAAGAUUCCCUGAGCCUGCUGCUAUCUGUUGAGUAACCACAGUGGACCUCCCAAGCACUUGUGCAGGCUCUGCAUCCUCAGAGCCCCUUGGCGAGGAUAUCCCCGGGUGAAGGAUGACUUCUGCUUUGAACCUGACCAUCACCAGCUUCAU